AUGGCUCAAUUUGUAACACCAAGCAAAUAUGGCUUACUAGAAUCACCUUCCACACAAAAGCUCACCCCACUAGACAUGAACGUGCCAAGAGUGUACGGCGCAAGGUGGAUAUUGUGUUUUCCGCUGGAGAAUGGCGCCGACUACCACGAAGUGUACGACAAGUUGAGAAUCGGACUUGCCCACACCAUCCGCUCCAUUCCUUGGAUCGCCGGCGUUAUUGGACCCGAAGAAGGCAGUGAAAUAUCGAAAAAUAGAAUUCAGAUCGUGGAGUCCUUGUCAAGCCUCAGCUUUUGGUCAGUGCAUACACAGCCUUCCAUCUCUUAUCUCUCGAGAACAUCACAACUUACACCAUCAUUGCCUUUACCUAGCUAUCGAGACCUAACAGACGUUCUUCCACCUUACGAUGAUCUUAAAGCGGACGGCUUCCCACUUUCAAGACUUUCAACUGACGAUGUCGGCCCAAUCGGAGUGAUGGCAGAACCUCCACAGCCAGUGAUGAAGGCACAGGCCAAUUUUGUCAAGGGCGGACUGUUGUUAUCAGUAGGCAUCCACCACGCAGCGGGAGACGCCACGGCCCUUGACACAAUUAUCGGCAUCUGGGCACAGAACACAGCUGCAGCCAGCGGUUGUAGCUCUUUCAGCACUUAUGACUCCCCAUCACACGACCGUGAACCCCUUAUGAACGGGAUUUCCGGAGCACCCUUGUCCCAUUUUCCAGAGUAUCAACUGAUACCAGCAUCCCAACUGCCACCAGCUCAGAUGUCUCCUCAACUUCCCUCACUCGUCACACACGUCUUCUGCUUCUCCCCGCAGACGCUUGCUGAGCUCAAGUCCUCCGCCGCUGCUUUCUCGACCAACGACGCACUGUGCGCUUUCUUGUGGAGCAGAAUGACAGUCGCUCGAUGGACCGGUGAGGCCUCCUCUACCCAAGACGACACAACGAACAAAGCUUCUUCGAUGUGGUACGCUAUCAACAUUCGCAGCCGUACAAGUCCACCGCUUCCGCCAACGUAUCUAGGCAAUGGAUCGAUGUGCACAACGACGGAGCCACUUACCGCAGCUACCCUUCUCGGUGAGAACGGGCUGAAGCAAGCUGCUACUGCCAUUCGCAAGUCCCUAGUUGCGUUCAAUAGCCCCAACAGAGUGCCUUUGACAAUCGGUCUCCUCGGUUCGAGGCCUGACCCCACAGAUUUCAAGCUGUUAUUCAACGCUUUCCUUGGACCAAACGUUGUUGCCACAUCCUGGACUGAUGUGAAAGUUUACGAAAGAAAUUGGGGUGCAUUAGGUUUCAUCGAUUCCAUGAGAGUCCCGGGCGAGGGCUCAGAUGGUAAUAUCAUCAUUCUCCCAAGAUUGAGAGACGGUAGCCUGGAAAUUGUUGUCGGGCUAGAAUCAGAGGCGAUGAGCAGACUCCUCGCUGAUGAAGCAUUCAACAAGUUUGCAACAAGGUGUGCUUAG